CUUCUUUUCAAUUGUCUCUCUCCCGUUCCUUUGGAUCUCUCUCUCUCUCCCGCGCUGAGCUCAGAUCAUCUGAAGCAAAGCAUUUCUGCUUCUGCUACACCCGCAACUUCUUCUCCUUCUCGCUCUAGGGUUUUCACUCCUUUUUGGAGCCUUGAAUUGCUGGUUAACCGGUUCGUUUUUUCUUUUUGUGCUGAAUUUUGAAGUUGGAGCUUGAUCUUCGAUUUGGGGUUUUGCUUUUUUGGCGGUGAGUGAAGUGAACGGCAAGGUAGGUAGCUGUGACAUUGCUUGCGCUUUGAUCUGUUCCCAGAAAGAAAGAAGAAAGAAAGAAGAACGAGAUGCAGCAAGAUCAGCCGAAGAAGGGUAUUAAGGAGUUAGACUUUUUCACUGAGCAUGGGGAUGCCAACAGAUACAAGAUUCUUGAAGUUGUUGGGAAGGGUAGCUAUGGAGUUGUUUGUUCAGCAAUUGAUACACACACUGGGGGAAAAGUUGCAAUAAAGAAGAUUCAUGAUGUUUUUGAACAUAUCUCUGAUGCCAUUAGAAUCCUCCGGGAAGUCAAGUUGCUAAGACUCUUAAGACACCCUGAUAUUGUUGAUAUUAAGCGGAUCAUGUUGCCACCGUCAAAGAGGGAAUUUAAGGAUAUUUAUGUAGUCUUUGAGCUCAUGGAGUCUGAUCUCCAUCAAGUCAUCAAAGCUAAUGAUGACUUGACCCGUGAACACCAUCAGUUUUUUCUUUAUCAGAUGCUACGAGCAUUGAAGUAUAUGCAUACAGCUAAUGUAUAUCACAGAGACCUAAAGCCCAAGAAUAUACUGGCAAAUGCAAACUGCAAACUCAAAGUCUGUGAUUUCGGAUUGGCAAGAGUUGCAUUCAGUGAUGCCCCAACAACAACCUUUUGGACGGAUUAUGUUGCUACAAGAUGGUACAGAGCCCCAGAACUGUGUGGAUCUUUCUUUUCUAAGUAUACACCAGCAAUUGAUAUAUGGAGUAUUGGAUGCAUUUUUGCUGAGGUGCUGACUGGAAAGCCAUUGUUUGCUGGUAAAAGUGUUGUGCAUCAAUUAGAUUUGAUUACUGAUCUUCUUGGGACACCAUCACCUGAAACCAUUGGAGGAGUUCGAAAUGAGAAAGCAAGGAAGUACUUGAUGGAAAUGCGGAAGAAACCUCCCAUGCCUUUUGAAAAGAAAUUUCCAAAUGCUGAUCCAUUGGCACUUCGCCUACUGCAAAGGCUUUUAGCAUUUGAUCCAAAGGAUCGGCCAACUGCUCAAGAGGCACUAGCUGAUCCUUUCUUUAAGGGUUUGGCCAAAGUUGAGAGAGAACCUUCUUGUCAGCCAAUUUCAAGAUUGGAAUUUGAGUUUGAGAGAAGACGGGUUACAAAGGAUGAUGUCAGGGAACUAAUAUACCGGGAAAUAUUGGAAUAUCAUCCUCAACUACUUAAAGAUUACAUGAAUGGAUCUGAAGGCACUAAUUUUAUCUACCCUAGUGCAAUAGAUCAAUUUAGAAAGCAGUUUGCUUAUCUUGAGGAAAAUCAUGGUAAAAGUGGCCCAGUGAUUCCUCCAGAAAGGAAGCAUGUCUCCCUUCCAAGGUCCACUGUUCACUGUAGUACAAUUCCUCCUAGUACGCAGCCAUCUUUCGUUCCAUGCGAGGACAAGCAAAUGCCAGAAAAGGCAUCAAAGAUUUCGAGUGCUGUAGAAUCAAAUUCUGGAAGUCAACUAAGGAGUUCACGACCUCCACCAAGGGUUCCAGCAGCUAAACCAGGUCGAGUUGUAGGGCCAUUUCCGCACUACGACAAUGAGAAAAACACGAGAGACUCUUAUGACCAGAGGAUCUUCUACCGAAAUACUCUUCCUCAAGCAAUCUCUCCUCACUGUUUCCAUAGGUUACAAUCCACCGACACAAAAACUAAAUCAGAAACAUACAAGGAUAUUUCACAAGGAAAACAUCAGCUCUCAUCCCAGCAGUGUAGCAUGCCAGCCAGACCAGCUAUUGAUCUUAAUACCAACCCCUACUACCAGCAAGGAAAGGGUGAUCACAUAAAUGAUCCUGUUGCGUCUAUUGAUGCAAAAUUGUUGCAGGCACAAUCUCAAUUUGGUGCAGUUGGUGCUGCUGCAGUAGCUGUUGCAGCUCACAGGCAUUCAGGGUCCUUUCAGUAUGGAUUGUCAUAGGUUGGGAUAUUUUAGAGAUUCAACAACGACGAGAAAGCCUUAACUCACUGAGUGUUUUGGAGAUACGUGCUAUAUAUAAAUAUGCCUUAUGCCUGAGGUUGGAAGGAAGGAAGUUGAUCAAAUUUAAGGGUUAGGUCUGAUUUUCCAUUAUUGCUUUCAGAUUACCAUCGUUGUAAUUAUAUGUACAUCAUUCAAUUGAUUAAUAAAAAAUUGAUUGUUUCUCU